ACCUCUUCCUUUUCAUAGGGUAUGGUAUUCUUCAUUUGCCUUGUAUUUUACUCAUCCUCCUCAGAAUUUCAAAACUAUAUCGAAAAUAGUUCCAUUUGUCACCUAAAUGGCAUCAAAAAGAAUACUGAAAGAGCUGAAGGACUUGCAGAGAGAUCCUCCAACUUCAUGCAGUGCAGGUCCUGUAGCUGAGGAUAUGUUCCACUGGCAAGCUACCAUCAUCGGUCCGAAUGACAGUCCAUAUGCUGGUGGUGUUUUCCUUGUCACUAUUCAUUUCCCACCUGACUAUCCUUUCAAGCCUCCCAAGGUCGCCUUCAGGACUAAGGUUUUCCAUCCAAACAUCAAUAGCAAUGGAAAUAUAUGUUUGGACAUACUCAAAGAACAAUGGAGUCCUGCACUCACCAUAUCCAAGGUUUUGCUGUCCAUAUGCUCUUUGCUUACAGACCCAAAUCCUGAUGAUCCACUGGUUCCUGAAAUUGCUCAUAUGUGCAAGACUGACAAAGUCAAGUACGAUUCUACUGCUAGGAGCUGGACCCAAAAGUAUGCUAUGGGAUAAACCUGCUUCAAUUGCACCUUUCUUCACUUUAUACAAUUUUUCCAUCAUCUAUUUGUCAUAUUGCCAAUGAGAUUAUCUGUACCAACUAAAUAUUUGUGGAAUAAUAUUAUUCCUUUUAAUAACUUAUAGUUUAACAUGUUGCUGUCA